AUGGCACAAGCAAUGGCAUCAAUGGCUGGCCUGCGUGGAACAUCUCAGGCUGUCCUGGAAGGUAGCCUCCAGCUCGGUGGUUCAAACAGGUUGUUGAAUGUGCCCAGUAACACCACUCGUGUGGCUGUGCCACGCCCUGGUCUUACUGUUAGAGCCCAACAACAAGCGUCCGGUGAGCCUGAAACUAGCCGUAGGGCCAUGUUGGGUCUUGUUGCUACUGGUUUGGCUUCUGCUUCUUUUGUUCAAGUUGUUCUUGCUGAAGCUCUUCCUAUCAAAGUUGGCCCUCCUCCCCCUCCCUCUGGUGGACUCCCUGGGACAUUGAACUCUGAUGAAGCAAGAGACCUAGAUCUGCCACUGAAGAACAGGUUUUUCUUACAGCCACUUCCCCCAAAUGAGGCUGCAGCAAGGGCAAAGGAAUCAGCUAAGGAAAUUGUUGGCGUGAAAUCUUUGAUAGACAAGAAGUCUUGGGCUGAUGUCCAAAAUGAUCUUCGGCUUAGGGCUGGGUAUCUUCGUUUUGACCUCAACACCAUUAUCUCCGCUAAGCCCAAAGAUGAGAAAAAAUCCCUCAAGGAACUUAGUGGAAAGCUCUUUGAUACCAUCGAAAAUCUGGACCAUGCAGCAAAGAUUAAAAGCACUCCUGAAGCAGAGAAGUACUAUGCUCAGACUGUAUCUAGUCUGAAUGAAGUUCUUUCUAAGCUUGGUUAA